CACCCAUCACCAUCUGUCAUCUCACUACCACCAUGCUGGCCUCAGGGCUGCUUCUGGUGGCCUUGCUGGCCUGCCUGACUGUGAUGGUCUUGAUGUCUGUCUGGCAGCAGAGGAAGAGCAGGGGGAAGCUGCCUCCGGGACCCACCCCACUGCCCUUCAUUGGAAACUACCUCCAGCUGAACACAGAGCACAUAUGUGACUCCAUCAUGAAGUUCAGUGAGCACUAUGGCCCCGUGUUCACCAUUCACUUGGGGCCCCGGCGGGUCGUGGUGCUGUGUGGACAUGAUGCUGUCAAGGAGGCUCUGGUGGACCAGGCUGAGGAGUUCAGCGGGCGAGGCGAGCAAGCCACCUUCGACUGGGUCUUCAAAGGCUAUGGCGUGGUGUUCAGCAACGGGGAGCGCGCCAAGCAGCUCCGGCGCUUUGCCAUCGCCACCCUGAGGGACUUCGGGGUAGGCAAGCGAGGCAUCGAGGAGCGCAUCCAGGAGGAGGCGGGCUUCCUCAUCGAGGCCAUCCGGAGCACGCACGGCGCCAAUAUCGAUCCCACCUUCUUCCUGAGCCGCACAGUCUCCAAUGUCAUCAGCUCCAUUGUCUUUGGGGACCGCUUUGACUAUGAGGACAAAGAGUUCCUGUCACUGCUGAGCAUGAUGCUGGGAAUCUUCCAGUUCACGUCAACCUCCACGGGGCAGCUCUAUGAGAUGUUCUCUUCGGUGAUGAAACACCUGCCAGGACCACAGCAACAGGCCUUUAAGUUGCUGCAAGGGCUGGAGGACUUCAUAGCCAAGAAGGUGGAGCACAACCAGCGCACGCUGGAUCCCAAUUCCCCACGGGACUUCAUCGACUCCUUUCUCAUCCGCAUGCAGGAGGAGGAGAAGAACCCCAACACGGAGUUCUACUUGAAGAACCUGAUGAUGAGCACGUUGAACCUCUUCAUUGCAGGCACCGAGACGGUCAGCACCACCCUGCGCUAUGGCUUCUUGCUGCUCAUGAAGCACCCAGAGGUGGAGGCAAAGGUCCAUGAGGAGAUUGACAGAGUGAUCGGCAAGAACCGGCAGCCCAAGUUUGAGGACCGGACCAAGAUGCCCUACAUGGAGGCAGUGAUCCACGAGAUCCAAAGAUUUGGAGACGUGAUCCCCAUGAGUUUGGCCCGCAGGGUUAAAAAGGACACCAAGUUUCGGGAUUUUUUCCUCCCUAAGGGCACCGAAGUGUUCCCUAUGCUGGGCUCCGUGCUGAGAGACCCCAGCUUCUUCUCCAACCCUCAGGACUUCAAUCCCCAGCAUUUCCUGGAUGACAAGGGGCAGUUUAAGAAGAGUGAUGCUUUUGUGCCCUUUUCCAUCGGAAAGCGGAACUGUUUCGGAGAAGGCCUGGCCAGAAUGGAGCUCUUUCUCUUCUUCACCACCGUCAUGCAGAACUUCCGCUUCAAGUCUUCCCAGUCACCUAAGGACAUUGACGUGUCCCCCAAACACGUGGGCUUUGCCACGAUCCCACGAAACUACACCAUGAGCUUCCUGCCCCGCUGAGCGAGGGCUGUGCCGGUGCAGGGCUGGUGGGCGGGGCCAGGGAAAGGCGGGGUCAGGGCGGGGUUCGCGGAAGGGGCGGGUAUAAGAAUGGGGGGAGGAUGCGGGAAAGGAAGGGGCGUGGUGGCUAGAGGGAAGAGAAGAAACAGAAGGGGCUCAGUUCACCUUGAUAAGGUGCUUCCGAGGUGGGAUGAGAGGAAGGGAAACCUUACAUUAUGCUAUGAAGAGUAGUAAUAAUAGCAGCUCUUAUUUCCUGA